AUGAUAUGGCAAGGGAAUGAAAAAGAAGAAGACGACGACGAAAAUGGGUAUUUACAAAAAGAAAGAGAAAGUUCACACCUUCUUAAAGGGGCGGAGCUUGGAGCUCAUUUUGUCAGAAGAGUGAAAUCCAAAGAGAGAAUGCGGAAAACAAUUGGAGUUCUGAUGGAUUUGGCAGGGAGGAACACUUUAGAUGAGUUCUGCAAUGCUGGAAUAGUGGAGAGCUCUUCUGCAGUUGUUGUGUCUUCUGAAGACGUCGUGGAUUCUUCAGAUGAUGUUGUGGAAUCAGUUGCCUCUGUGGAUGGAGUUGAAGUUUCUGUUUCAGUUGUAGUCUGA